AUUUGAAAGUACAGGAAGCUACAAAAAAAGCGCCAGCCUAUUAUCUAUUACUUCCGCGUAUUACGCACGUCUGGAAGUUGAGCGGCUACAUUUGAAAGUAAAAAGGAAUCCGUGAUGAAUAUUGAAAUAGAAUGAAAAUAUGAGGAUUUAUUAAAACAACUAUAUUCUGUACACUGCUGUUGUGUCUCGGGCUUUGUUAUGCUCCUGAAUACGAAGUUUUAAAGGAUAUUUGCACACAUUCUAAGGAAUGGAAACAAAUCAAUUUACUUACUACAAUGAAAACACUGAACAGAUCGAACGACCAGCUAAGAGAAGACGCUCAUCAAUCUUGAAAGUCCCCAGAAGUCCACUUAAAGAAGUCAAUGGUGGAAACUGUACAGAGCAGGAUAUUACUGAGAGGCGAAGGAAAAGUUCUCGACGUGUCAGCUUUGCAGAUACCAAACAGAUAAAAGUUUUUUCAAGAGAUGUACAUAAUGAAAAUGGAGAAGUUGAGACAAGUGCAGAGAAUGACGGCAAUACAGGAAAUCAAAGUCUAGUCAACAGGGAGACGUCCACGAACAAUGCCAAAUGUCAGAUAAGUGGCAUGGAGAUCUUGCUUCGUGCACCUAUUCAAGCCCCAUUACAGCAGACAGAGUGGGGCCGCCACACAGAUGUCUUUGCACCGGAUGAGAAAGAGAAUUUUGACAGUACAUUUUCUAUCAACUGUACGCUUAAAAGACCAUCUGAUAAAGCUGAUGACACAAAUACAGAGCAAACUGCAUUUGAACAAAACUGCUCUCAUAAAGGAAGCAUAGGUUUGAAACCUUUGACGUCAUUAAGUUAUACAUGCAGCGAUAAUGGUAGUUCAUGUCAGGAGGAGUCCAUGGCUUCAGCUAGCUCGCAGAAGGUUUGUUCAGAACAGUCAUUCAGAAAUUUCCUGGCAAGCUUGAAUAUUUCGGGGCAGGAGAUAAAAUCUACAGAUAAGAGGAAAACAGUAGAUCAUAGCGCUGUGAGUGAGCCAAAACAGACCUUCAACUAUCAGUGUAACACUGAAAAUUCAGCUGUGAAAAAAAUUGACUUUAAAAAUUUCCUUGCUGGUUUGAACUCUAGACGGCAGUCAACAGUAGGAAGUGAAAUGAUGGAAAAAGAAAAUAUAUUUCCUUUAGAAAGAACUGAAUUUUUUUCCAAAAGUGAGUCUACAGAAAGGCAUCCUUUUUCUGAAAGAGUGUUUGGCUUUUCAAAAGAUACCACUGGAGAUAUAACUAAAGUUUUUAAGGAGCAAGAUGGCGAAAUGGAAUUAACACAGUGCCAUACAUCAAGUGUAAAUGCUUUUCUCCCUACUGCUAGGGAUGCACCUCAAGGACAGUUUGGACGUGGUGAUGUUACAUUGCUUUGCAGUGAUGUUAUGGACAUAACAUUAAAUCAGGCAGAAAAUAAUCAAAAUUCUAAAGCAAUGCCCACCAGUAAAAUGAAAAAUGGACCUGAAGCAGUUGGCAAUGGCAUAUCUAGCUUAAGAAUAUUAACUAAUCCAUGUUAUUUGGAAGGAAUUGCCAGCAAUGGCCAGAGUCUGUAUCGAAUAUCUUCAAAAGAUAAGACUUUGGGUGAGGAGGAUGUGGAGAUCAACACCACUAGUAUAACUAAAAUAUUUAAAGAUAAUGAUGCUGAAAUGGAAAUAACACAGUGCCACACAGCAAAUAUUGAUGAGCUUAGUGAGACGGAUGGAAAAGAAAAUAAAUGUAGGUAUGGUGAUAAUACUGUGUUGUGUGGGGAUAAUAUGGACAUGACAUUUAAUUGUGCAGACAUUGUUUCUUUUUCUAAAACAAACACAUGUAAAGCAACUUCAUUAGAUUAUUCGUUGACUGUGAAGAGUGCCAAUUACUCUGCCAUCAGUGAUGUAGGAAAAUCAAUUAAUUCACACCCAAUAAAUCUUACAGUUGAUAGCAAGCAAAGUUGCAGUUCUGGCACAUUUUCUGAAAAAAAGAAUUUAGGUGAAGAAGAUGCAGGGAUAACCACUGAUGACUUAACUAAAGUGUUUAAGGGACAGGAUGGUGAUAUGGAAAUGACACAGUGCCAUACAAAUAAAGUCAGCACACAUCUCAGUACUGUAGAUGUUCAGCAGAAACCCUUGUCUCGUGGUGAGGUGACCAUGCUAUGUGGAGAUGUUAUGGACAUUACACUUAAUCGUACAGAAGAUGUUUCGCUUUCUAAAAUAAGUUUGUCUGGAACAUCAGUGACUGAAAUAUGCAAAGAUGCUGCUGGCAAGAAGGCAACAGGAAGAACGCAAACUAAUGCUGUCCAGUUUGAAGUAAACUCUGCUGAAAGCAAUCUGUUUUCUGCAAAGUUGUCUGAAAGUAGUAAUGCAUACAAAGGUAUGGGUAUUACUAACAAUCAUUCUAUUGUAAUAGACAAUGGAAUAAAAGAGAAAAUUGGAAACCAAGGAAAAGCUAUACUGAUUUGCCAGAAAUUGCCUUUGUCAGUCCUUUCGGAGCAAAAGGAUAAAACUGCUGUUCUAAGAAAUGAAAAGGAGGAUGUUGAUUUUAAUCUGUGCCAUGCUUCUGCAAUAAAAAUAAAACCAAAAGAAGCAUGUGAAGUAUCUGCUGCACAGCUGCAGAACUUCUUAGAACCAGCAUCUUCCCCCCAAGAGGACACACAUUCUCUUUCGGUAAAAUAUGGUUUUAAAAGGCAGGAUGCAUUAUUGAGGGGAAAUAAAACUGAUGAUCAUAAUGAUUUAGAUGCUGCUUGUAGUUUCGCUGGUAUACAUUGUGACACAUCUAUGGAACAGAUGCACAAAACUGGAAUUCCCAUAGCCAGCUCCUUAGAGUCAGAUUUUGCUAUGAAUAUGUGCCAUUCAUCCUUUUUUAAAGAAAGAACGUUUUUAGGCUGUGAUGAUAUGGACUUAACUAGAAGCCAUACAGUGACUGUUGAUGCUAGAAAACUUGAACUUGAUUCAGCUAAAGGUUUAAAUGAUGGAGGGAAAAUGGAACAAAUAGCAUCUUGCUCCAGAGGUUCAGUUCUUCCAUGUGAUAACACCAUUGUUUUCCCAGCUGGAGAGCGAGAUGACAUGGAAAUUACUAAAAGUCACACAGUGCCUAUUGACAGUGAUAUGAUUUUAGGAUCCAGCAGUACAGAUUUAACCAGAAGGAAAAGUGCAACUAUUGAUACUAGGGUUACUGGACUCAAUUCAGAUAUAGGUUUAAUGAAUGCAGGAAAAGUUGGGCAGAUAACACCCUUAUCCAGAAAUGUAUCACUUCAAUGUAAUGAUACCAUUGUUUCUCCAAAUAACAAUGAAGAUGACAUGGAAAUCACUAAUUGCCCCUUAAAGGCGAUCGACUGUCAGACAUCUGGCCACAGAUUAAAAAGUUUGGAUAAAUCAAAAGAUUUGUUGAUUUCAUUCUCUCUCUCUCCUGUUGACAAAAUGUUUUUGCUUCCAGGAGAGAGAUCUGUUUUUCUAGAUGAGAAUACAGUGCCAUCUGGCAGUCGCAAUACUUCUCAGUAUCAUUUUGUGAAAGAGAUGCACAGGACUUCUGAGUCUAAUGCAACAUUGCCUUCCAGUGACAAAACUGAAGCCUUGACUGAAGCGGAGUCUGAUAUGGAGUUCUCUAGGAGUCAUGUAAUGUUUGGUGGCAAGAGGGUUAAUGAAGUAGCUUUGGGUGAAAAUAACGUUGAAGACAUGAAGGAAAAUAUUACCUUGAAAGGAAAUUACUCCUCUUCCAUGUAUUAUAAUCAAGAUAAUUUAAAUGUUACAAAAAGCUGCAUUAAUAAAGCCAAUAAUGACAGUAAUUGGACUUCCAAAGGUUAUAUUUCUAUGAUUCCUUCUGCGGUAGAUGUUAAUAAUGCAGAAGAUAAAAGCUGUUCUCAUCCUGCUGAGAAGACUGUAAUUUUCAAGGAUGAUAUGGAGGUAACAAAAAGCCAUACUACUGUACUUGAGAUUGUAAAUACUGAGUUCAUUUCAGCCGAAGGAAUGAAUGAUGUGGUAAAACUGGGAAAAAGCUUUGCUCCUUCUAGAAGGUCACUCUCUGUAAUUGAUAAGACUAUAAUAUUUCCGCUAGAUAAUCCAGAUGAUAUGGAAAUAACCAAAAGCCUCACAGUAACCAUUGAUAAUCAGACUUGUAGUCAAGAUGUUAAAAAUUUGAAAGGGCCAAAAAACAGCACUAUAUCUUCAGAAUCUAUAGAUUGUGCUUCAUUUUCUGAAACUAAGGAAAAUAGCACUUUUACAGGUAUGGUUACUGUUAAUACAGACUUAAAUGUUACUUUGUGUUCCAGGCAGACUGCUUCACAGUGUGAUAAAGGAUUAAACAGUGUUAAGACCUUAGUAAACAAGUCAUUGCUUCCCAUUGGCACUGUUUCAUCUAUAGAAAACCAAGACAACAUUGAAGUAACUAUGAGCCAUGCAGCUGCCAUUGACAGAAAGAGCAAUACGAUAUUUAGUGAAAAGCAAAUACAGUCAGACAUUGCAAUAAAUAAUUUGCCAUUAAAAGGAAUUGAUAAGUCUGUUUAUUCUGAUGACCAGGAGGCUAUGGAUGUAACUAGAAACCAUAUGGUUUUAAUUAAUGGCAGCUUUAUGGAUCAGUCUAUUAAAGAGAAGGCUUCCAUAUUUUUUUCUGAAAGUGAAGCAUUUGAUGCCACUGUAAAUUGUUCACAUAAUCCUAAAGUGAAGAGUACAGUCUUUUUAGAGGAUGAUGUGGUGGGUGCUACCAAAAGUCACAGUGCAGCCAUUGGUAACAUAAAUCAUAACAUUUCAGAUGAAGAUUUAAUGGAUUCUGUAGAAACAGGAACUUGUGCUGCUGUUCCUCUCACCAAGAAGUUUGCCCCUUUGUAUGAAAAGACCAAAUUUCAAGCAAAAUAUGAUGUGGAGAUAAAUAAAAGCCAGACAGUGCCCACUGACAGUGGGACUCUUAAUCAAAAGUUUAAGCAUUUCAGUGAGUCAAGAAAAAACAUUCUAGAAUGUGUGCCUCAUGACAGUAAUGAAAGAGAAGUUUUAUUUGCAGAAGAUGAAAUAAAAUCAGGCAUUGCAGUCAGCAGUGAUAUUGCUACUUGCAUAAAUGUGGUUCCAGCUACCAGACUGAGAGAAUUCCAGUCUCCUGAAAAGAGAGGCAGCAAUACUGUGGUUUCUGUCAACAAAAAUAUGUCUUCAAUAGAAGACCAGUAUGACAUGGAAAUGACUAGCACUCUCACAGCGAUGAUUGAUAUUGUGGAUACUAAUGCAGAUACAAGACCAAAGCAGGUAUUGCUGAAUGUCAAGGAACAUGAUUUGCUUUUAAAAGACAAUGAACAGUCUUUGGUUUAUGCUGAUGAUCCAGAGGCUAUUGUAUCAAGCAUAAGUUAUGCCGGUACAGUUUCAGGUAGUUUUAUGGAGUCAAAUCGGAAUGGCGAUAUCUCCACAUUUCCUUACACUAAGGGGGCAGAAAAAAUAACAGAUAUGGGUCAAGUGUCUCACCUGGAAAUGAAGAGUAUGGUUUUUUCAGGAGAUGAUAUGGACAUAACUAGGAGCCAUACUACAGCCAUUGAUCACAUAAACCUAAAUGCUUCAGGUGAAGGAGCAAAGGAUACUAUUAAUACAGAACAAUGUUCGCCCCUAAGAAUGCCCUCUUUAUUAAAUGAUAAAUCCAUAAUUUUUGCAUCAGAUCUUCAGGAUAUGGAAAUCACCAAAUGUCAUUCAGUGCCUAUUGAGAGUCUGUCCAUUAAGUUUAGUGAUUUGAAUGAGUCAAGAAAGGAUCUAACUGCUUCAGUAAAUUCUAACUCUAAAAGGCAAAUACUGGCAGAAGAUAAGAAGGCAAACUGUGCUAUUACUAUGGAUUUCAAUGCAAAUCCAUGUUUAGGGCAAAGAGUAAUACAAGGUAGUAGUUUUACUGCAGAAAACUGCAUUAUUUCUGAAGACAGUGAAAUUAAACUUUUCUCUGACAAAAUUUCUUCAACAAAAGACCAAGAUGAAAUGGAAAUGACUAGGAGUCAUACAGUUGCCAUUGACUUCAGAGAGUCUGAUACUUGUUUAAGUCCAAAGCAGGUGAAAUUAGUUAUCAAUAACAAUUUGCCUUCAAAAGAAAAAAAGAACUCUGUGGCUAGUUCUGAUACAGAUAUAACAAACUGCCCUGCUGUUGUAGUUUCUUCUAAAUUUGUACACUUAAAUGAAAAAGAGACUCAGUCCAUGCAUUCCUCUGAAGUGGAAUCAUGUAAACUAACUGUAAGUACUUUUGCUAGUGCUGAAGAAACAGGGGUUAUCCUUUCAGAUUAUAUAGACAUAUCCAAUAACCAGAUUGCUGCCAGUGAAAAAGAAAAUAUUUUGAUGCUUCCCUCUGAAAAGGAAUCAAAUAGUGUAGCUAAUGUAAGCACCUUUUCUUGUGCUAUGGAAGAGCGAGAUGUCUCCUCAGAUGAUAUGGACAUUACUAAAAGUCAGACUACAACCAUUAAUCAUGUAGACUCGAGGCUUGUUUUAGGCAGCAGUACAGAGGAUGUUGUUAAAAUGGAAACCCAUGUUUCUCUGCCCAGGACAUCAGUUAGUUUACUUGAUAAAGCCAUAUAUUUUACACAAGAUCAUCAGGAUGAUAUGGAAAUCAAUAAAUGUUGUAUCCUGCCUUCUAACAGGUUGAAUGUUGGUCAAGAAUUUAAAUGUUUGAGUGAAUCUGUAAAAAGCCUUUCUGUUUCAGUAAAUGUGGAUCCUGUAGGCAGAACAAGUAGUAUUACUUCCAAACCUAAUAAAAUGUUACUUUCAGCUGACAAAUGCUUAUACCAAGAUGACAUGGAAAUUCCUAAAAGCCACACAGUUGCCUUUGUUGUCAAAGAUAUUGAUACAAUUUCAAACAAGAAACAAACAGGGCUGCACAUAAAAGAAAAUGAUUAUGUAUUAAAUGCAAAUAAUACUUUUGCAUGUUACAGUAACAAAGAGGCUCCCCAAAGGAAGGGAAGCCAUGAUCAUAUAGUUAUGAGUCAGAAUUACAAAGAAAGAUUUUCCAUGCCACUAUGUAAUAUUACUGAUGUUGAUCUUUCUUAUUCUGAAGAAAAAAAUGUCUCAACCAGACAUGACAGAGAGGAAGUGAAAAGGCCCACGGUAGCUAUGGAUGAUACAAAUUUUGGGGUCGCCACAGAUGAAGGUAGUAAAUGUACAGGAGGAACAGAAAAAUGUGCAUCAUCGUUUCAUGAAUCUGUUCUGUUGGGUGAAAAGAGUGUGAUUUAUUCUACAGGACAGCAAGGUAGUAUGGAAAUGACUGAAAGCGUCACAGUUGCCAUUGACAGUAAAACACUUAACCAAGGAUUUGAUACUUCAGGUGCUCCACAAAAGAACAAAGGUUCUUUUUGCCCCAUUGAUAGAACUGUCUUAUUUCAGGAAGGUGAAAAUAUGGAUAUGACUACAUACAGUAAUGGUGUUAUUGAUACAGACUUUGUGUCCAGUCCUUCACAUAGUUUACAUCAGCAUUAUGCCAUAAGAAGUUCUGUUCAGUUUGAUUCUGAUAAGUCAUUGUCUGAGAAAGCAGUAGUUUGCACAUUGGAGGAUCAUGGUGGUAUGGAAAUGACCCUGAAUCACACUGGUUCAACAGUGCUUCCUUUUUUAGAAAAAUUAAAUGAUGUGGUUAAUUCUGGUUCUUUAUCUGCUCAUGGGGAAAAGACUGUACUCUUGGGUGAUGACAUGGAUACAACAAAAAGUCAUACUGUAAUCAUUGACCAUUCCUUCACAGGUGGAGGAGCAAAGAAUGUAUUGAGUGGAAGAGUGUGUGACCCUAUCUUGAGGAAGUCUAAUCUUUUAGGUGAUAAAUCCAUCAUUUUCCAAGAUCAAGAUAGCAUGGAGAUAACAGGCAGUCACAAAGCUGAUUUUGGCCAAGCCAGUCUUAGUUCAGAGUUCAAAGAUUUGAACAUGUCCAAAAAGCAUUGUUUGGCUUCCGUAUCUACUGGGCAUGAUAACAGAAUUGCUUCACAUUAUAUUGAAGAAAAUAGUGACCCAACACCCACAAGUAAUAUUAAAGUAGGUUUGGGUACUUUGCCAAGUUCCAGCCAGAGUGUAUUAGGGACUGACAGUUUUAGUGCAGAAAACUUGGUUUCUACUUUGUCUGCUAAGCAGUUAUAUUCCAGUAAAGAGCAAUGUGAACUUGAGGUCACUAAGAUUAUUGCAGCUGUUGACUGCAUUAAAGAUAACAGACUGCUCAGCCAAAAGGAGACUUUGUGUAGUGUCAAUGAAAGUAGUUUAACAGUAAAAGAAAGUGAACAUUCACAGACGUAUAUAAAUAACCUAGGGACUCCGUAUAUACGUAAUAUAUUGACGGAUGUGACUCAAGAUAAAUUGCUGGAGAUGACUGACAGAGAGGCAUCCACUGGAAUAUCCAGUGGUUCUACUAAUAAAUAUAAUUUGUCAUCUGAAGAGAAGACAGUUGCCUUAGUGGAGGAUAUGGAUACAACUAAAAGCCAUACUGCAGUCCUUGAAGACCUACAAUAUGGGUUUGUUUUAAGCAAAGAAACAAAAACUAAGUCAAGUGAAGGCACUGUAAUUUUCCCAACAGAUAGUCAAGAUGAUAUGGAAAUCACUAGAAGUCAUACUUUGACCAUUGAGAGACCUAUGUUAGGCCAAGAAAUUAAAAAUGCAGGUAAGCUAAGAAAACGUACAUCAGCAUUACUAUAUGAGGAUUUUGUUGAUAGAAACACCUUGUGUCAAGAAGACGAAGAAAAUAUGGAUUUGACAAGGUGCACUGAUAGUAUUGCAGAUAUGGUGCCAAGUGCCAGUCAGUGUAUGACACAGCAUCUUGUUAAAACACUGAAUAAAAUGCCUGAUGAGAAAGCAUUGUUUCCUGCUGAUAAAACUAUUAUAUUUGAAUCAGAAGAACAGGAUAAGAUGGAAUUGACUGUAAGUCAUACAGCUGCUAUUGAAUUUAAAAACGCUGAGAGGGCACUAAGCCAAAGUCAAGCAUGGGCAGACCUCAAAGAAAAUAAGUUGCUGUCAGCAGAACAUGUUAUUAGUAACACUAAUGUAGAUUUUGCAAAGAGUGACUCUGAUGUAAACAGUGGCAGCCUCACAAAUCAUUCCUGUGUUGAGAGAGUGUAUACAGUCCCUAGUAGAGAAGAAUCUCACAAUGCAGUUGAAGUGGAGACUUUAUAUUGCGGAGAUAGUGACACUGUAAAGUUUACAAGGAAUAAGAAUAUCACGAAAAGUCAUUGUGCAGUUUCUGAAGACUUAAAUCAGGACAUUGUUUCACGUGAAGAUGUAGCAAAACUGGGACAAUAUAAUUCCAUCACCAGGAAAUCAAUCAUCCCAUGUGAUAAGACCAUUCUUUUCCCAGCUGAUACUCAAGGUGAUAUAGAAGUCACUACAAGCCACACAACAGCUGCUGACACUCAGUUUGUUUGCCAAAGUAUUGAACGUGUGAGUAUGUCAAAAAAAAGCAUUUUAGGUUCAGUGUCUGUAAGUACUGAUAGAACAGUAUUGUUCCCAGAUGAUGAGGGAAACAUGGACUUGACAAAUUGUGCUACUGUUGGCAUUACAGGCAAAAGUGUGGAAAGCACUGCCCAAAAUAAAUCACAGUCUUCCAUUACUGAAAAAUUAAGCAGUAACAUCUGUGCAUCCAAUAAGUCGCUACUUGCCAUUGACAGAUCAGUUGCAUAUACAACAGAAGAGAAAAAUGUCAUAGAAAUGACAAGGAGCAUCUCAGAGGCCAUUAAUAUCAUGUUGCCUGACAUAAAAGAAAAUGCCAUUCCACCAGAGGGGAGAAAAGCUGUGGAUCAUUUUGAUUUCCAUAAUGCCGAAUAUCUGACUGAAAACCAUGCAUGUGUAUCAAGAUACAAAUUAAGGGAUGUGACUUUUAAAGAGGGGAUAUCUUUGAUCUCAGGAGAAUCCAAAAACAUAGCUACUUUGGACAUUUUGUCUAAUCUUGAGGAAAAACCCUGUGUCACAUCAGAAAAAUAUAAUUCAGUAAUGUCAGAAAACCACUCUGCAGCCACUGUUGUCAGAAACUGUGGCUUAACUGUAAGUCAUGAUUCAAAGGAUACAGGAGAGGUAAAGUCUAGCUUGCAUUGUAAAGCAUCAUCUCUUCCCAGUGACACAGCUCUAAUAUUCUCAAUAGAAAAGGGUGAUAUGGAACUCACUGAAACUUGUAUACAUGUUGACAGUCCAGCUUGUCACCAGAAAAAUGGACAUUUGAGUAAACCAAGUAAAAGUGUUUCAUCUUUUGGUUGUAGAUUUCCUGUUGAUGAAACAGUUGUGUUUCAGGAAGAUAUGGACCAAAACCGUAAUGCUAUCAGUUUUGGAAGUAUGAAUGCAUCACAUGCAACGAUACCUCUUACAAGUGAGUGUGCAGAAAAAACAUUUUGUGCUUUUGCAUUAGAAAAUAAAGUUAGUUGUGUUUCAACUACCAGUGAGAAAAAUAUUCUGUGUCCUGUAGAUGAGAAUUACAUGGAGGAGACCAAAAAACACACAGUUACUGUAAGUUGUGAGGUACCUGAAAGAACAGUAUAUCCAAAUCAGAAUACUUCAAACAUAAAAACGAGGAUAUUUUGUAGUAAUAACUUAAAAGCUGCUGCUUCCACUAGUAGAACGGUAGACAAGUCUUUGAGCGAUAUGAGCAUUGCACAAAGUAAUGCCGAUGUUCCAGAAGCCACAAAUGCUUUAUGUACUGAGAAAAAAAAGUCUGCUCAUGUUACUGAUCUGUUGUAUAACCAAAGUUAUGUGGUGUUAUCUGAUAAAGAUUUGAGCACAGCUAAAAAAGAUUCUGGACUUUUUGUGCUCGAAAGUGUAUUGAGAAAUGAUGCACUUGAACAACCUUUUGAUGACUUCAGUGGAAGCAAAGGUAUUGCAGAUAAUGGAGCAAUGGACAUAACUGUGAAUCCUAUGUCAUCUUUAAAACUAGCAUAUAUCAAUCAAGAAUUGGCUACCCCUUUCAGAGAAAACACAGUAGUGUCAAUAAAUGCUGAGAUGGAAAUACCUGAAAGCCCUGCUGUCACUACUGGUAGUGCAGCUGUAAAUACAAUGGAUUAUGAUAACCAUGCAGCAGUUGACAUGAGUGUGGGGUUCACUUUCCCUGCUUCUGGUAAUUGCAUGGAGACCCCAAUGACGGAGGCUACAGAAGAAAUGGAGGUAAACAAAGCAUGCAGUUUGUCACCAACAAAUUUCAGUUUUACCAGUUCAGAGUUGCAGAGCGACAUACCCCUUGGCAGGAUAUGUCAUGACAAAAUUACUGCUGCUGAAGAACAGUUUCUUCCUUUGUUUCAGGAUGAUGGAGCUGCUUCUGGCAGUUGUACAUUAGAGAAACAGAACAUGAAGUCCUCUAAGCUCCCAGGAAAUAAAGUUAGAAGUGUUGAUUCACAGUCAUGUUUGUCAACAGCCGAGAGUCAUGGCAAUGAUGAGCUGUACAGCUCGCAGAAUGCUACAGGUAGUACGAAAAUAAGUCCGGGUUUAUGUUGUGAAAGUAUACAUGUAUCCAGUUUGAUCAGCCAAACCAAGACAGAAUGUGUUUCUGAGUGUACAGCAGUUUCAGAACAAAAUGUAAGGUGUAGUGAACUCAGAAAAUCUGAAACAGUGGGACUUCCUAGCAAACAUACUUCACUGGUGGAAUGUUCAGGCUUACAGAACUGUACUGAACAUAAUUCUCCCUCUUUCCCUAGUAAGAAGUUAACUAAAAUGAAUUAUUUACCAGAAUAUAUGAUAAAUUAUAGCAGUGAAGCUCCUCAGAAAAGUCAUACCAGUGUUAAAAUAACAUCUGUGGAUUUACAAAAUGAAACUGUUUCAGAGUUUGCAGUACAGAAGCAGUGCAGUUAUACUGGUCAGUUCAAUGAGAAUAAUGGUUGCACUGUGGCUGUUCUAACUUGUGACUCCUCUUCUGCACAAAGAUAUGUACCUAAAUUACCACAUAAUACUCAAAUAAAGGAUGAGCAGCAUUCUAAUGGUACAGAACGGAUGAAGAACGACUGCAUUUCUUCAUGCACAAAAGUGAUCUCUACUGAAUCUACAUCUGCCACUAUUGAGCAGUGCAAAACAGAUUUAGAAACUCAAGCUGGAAAGUGUAACAUUUUUCCUUCCCAUUUGAAAGCAACACUCAGUAGUAGUAAACCUCAAAUUAAAAGACUACCUCUUGGAGUUUUCCUACCAAAAUUACCUGAAAAAAAGAAAUGUGUAGAUGCAGCAGUACUUGAAUCCUCAUUGACAAAAACUGUAGACCCAAGGCUUUCUCAAGGCACUUUUUCUUCAUGUAGACCAUCCGCUGCAGAAUCCAUUUUUAAAUCUAAGGAGCUACAAGAAUCUGAGUUGAUGCAAUAUAUAACUGAAGAAAUACCACCAGAUUGUGCUGAAGACAUGGAUUCUAUGUCAGGUGUUGAUUAUGAGAUUUCUGAAGGAAGCUGUGAAAAACAAACCGUAGAUAUCUUGCUACAGGAGAUGAAAAAAGCAAAUGAGGACAAAAAUGCUACUAUAAAACAGAAUAAAAAACGGCAGCGUUCAGAAGAUUAUGAGGAAGACCUGAAUGUAGAAAAAAAAUGCAGAUUUGUUAAAAAUUGUAAAGAUGCUUCGACCACUCAAAUGCAGGCUUCAUGUCUUACUGAUGUCCUUUGGGAAAGUACUUCCAAAUCUGCCACAGGAGAUGCUUUGACAUGUGGAAUGAAGAAGGGUGCAGACAUCAGCACUUCAAGUGGUAACUCAAGUGAUUCCACUAAAGGAGAAGGUACCUUCACGGAUUUCAGCAAUCAGAGAUGCUGUCAAAUGGAGUCUCAGCUAUUACAAGUUACAAGCAAUGAAAGCCAUUUACGAGCGAAAGUUUGGGAUGGCACUAUCACUGUGAAGGAGUUUUUCAAGUUAUUGCAUGUCAGCAUUCUUAUCCAGAAACCUCGUCAAAGUUUACUUCCAGCUAGGUGUACAUCAAAACCAUUGACAGCAGAGGCACAGCUUUUAGAUAAACUUAUUUAUCAUCAUGUGCUUCAUAUUUAUCAAGAGAACUCCAAGACCCUUUCUCAAACAUCUGAACAACUGAAACUUCGAUUGAAAGAUAUGGAUAAGUAUUUAGUAGAUGUGAAUAAAUCCCUGUGGGAGAAUAUAAAAAUGAGUUCAGAUGAGCAGGUAAAGUGCCUUCAGUCAGACCUGAUGAAGAUGAGAAGCUACUUUACUAAGAAAAGUAAACUGAUAGUGCAAGAAGGAAAGGUGGAACUUUAUUCUAAACUGUCAGAAAUGAUGCAGGUUGUACGAAUGUUUAUAUCUCCUUGGAAAUGA